AUGCCGACCGCGAGCGGUUGGCGCCGUUUGCGCGCCAGCCACGUCUGCUGGUGCUCGUCCCCUCUCGCGAGCUCGCACAACAACUUCAGGACGAGCUGCGCAAACAUUUCGGUGCUACCGGUGUAUCUAUUGCGUCGGCAGCAGCAGGACAAUCGUACGUCAAAGAAGUUAGAGCACUUAUGGGAAGGGGGGGGGCCAUCGUCUGGAAGCGGCACCCCAGCAGGGGCAGACGUACUUAUUACGACACCAGCAAGAUUGAUGCUGCACCUGCACAAGCGAAAUGUGAACCUUCGAAGAGUUCGAGCCGUUGUGGUGGAGGAGGCAGACACCCUGUGUGACACCUUCUAUGAGCAAGAACUCUUGUUCGUCCUCGAUGCACUACUACAUCAAGUUGAGGCGGGGUAUGUCGGUGGCCGUGCCAGUGCAGCAGCGCUUGAUGCCGCCACAGCCGCCUCUGGCGGGGCAGAGUGGAGAGAGUACAUCGAGCGAAAGCAGCAGACAAGGCUGGAGCUUCUAGACUCGCUUAAAAGAACGGGAAUAUCUAUGCGGCCGCAGACAAACGUUUGUGCAUUGCUGCCACCCGCUGCGGCGUCGUCAGUGGGGGCUGGAGCUGCUGCUGCUGCUGUGGCGGAUUUACGUCCGCAGCUGCAGCUCGUGUUCGUCGCAGCGACGAAAACCGGUGCAUUGGGUCGAUUCCUUCGGGAGGAACUACGGGGUCUCCAGCUGACGACUGUCUGCGCGCCCGACGCGCACAUGACAAAUCCAGGGGUGCAGCAGGUGUUUGUUCGCCUUGCUGGUGAAGACCGCAUAGGUCGACUUCUGGAGGUCUUAGCGGAGAAAGAAGAAGAUCUAACGGGGGAAGGCGGAGCCGACGGACGAGCUUCAGCAGAAGGGAAGAAAACGAUUGUCUUCUGCAACACAGUCAACAGCUGCAGGCAAGCCCGUGUCCCCCCUAGCGGUCUGUUUGUCUGUAGUAGUAGAUGUUGUUGUGGUCGCAGUAAUCGCGGUAGUAGUGGUACAGUCCGUGCGUUCUGCGGGGGAAGUCAGUGCUGCUAG